CGCGCGCACUUCACUCGCUCGCCCGCCGCCGGACCUCGCAACCGCCACUAUAAAAGCACUUAGACUAUAUUUUGAGUAAUUUUAAUUAAUUGACAUAUAUUUAUAUUCAAAAAUGUAUAAAUUUAUUGUUGUUGUGUGUGUUAUGUGCGUUGUUUUAAUCGAGGCGCGCCCCAAAUGGCAGUACCUGCCCGCAGUGCCGGGGUACGUGCCAGUCUACAUCCGUGAUGGCGACACCCCGCUCGAGGAGAUCAACCCCGACCUGGCGGAGGCCUUCCACGCUUUCCCAGCUGGUCGAAGCGUUGCCAAGCAGGUUGAUGCAGUUCCGGAAACUCCCGAGCUGGCCGAUCAACCACAACCCGACGUAAUCCCUGAACCUACCGAAGACAAACGCGCGUACGGAAAGAAUGGAGAAAAGAAGAAGAAAGCCACCUUCGACAUUGUGAAGCCAGUGGAACGUAGAUAAACUCUUCAUGCCUAUUCGUACUUAAGUUAGUUUAUAAAUUAUCAAGUGAGAUUAUAAGUGCUGUCUACAUUAGCUUUUUUUGUGUGCGUUUUUUUUUCAUUUUAGGUUAUUGUAAUAAUUAAUAAGUUAUGUUAGAGUAUAUAAAUUGAUAGGUGUUUCAAAAUAUAUUUUGAAAUAAGUACAAGCAUUUAUAUAUUUUUUCUAGCAUUUAGACAAACACUGUUGGUUUCACAAGAUAUUAAACCAAACUCGAUGGGUUUAUCUUUUUUAGUUUAGGAGUUAUUCACCUUCAGAUUCCAUAAUCAGACCAACUAUAAGGUUCUUAUUAUAUUAUCACUACACAUCAUUGACAACCCAUAAUCGGCUCACUGUUCAGCACGAGUAUCCUAUCUGUAUUGAGAGUGGUUAGGCUAAUAGUGCACCACGCUAGCCCAAUGCGGAUUGGCAUACUUCACACAGGCACAAAAUUAAGAAAAUUCUCUGGUAUGUAGGUUUCCUCACGAUGUUUUUUCACCGUUUGAGACACGUGAUAUUUAAUUUCUUAAAAUGCACAUAACUGUAAAGUUGGAGGUGCAUGCCCCUGAUCGGAUUCAAACCUACACCCUCCGAAGGCUCACGGCUCUAAUUAUACACAAUAUAUAAAAUUAAAAUCCACUCAAACUUCAGGAAGUGCUCAAACUUCAUGUCGCAAUAGAUAAUUUAAUUUAUCCUUUAACGUAUUAAGAAACAAUAGAUAAGGUAGGUACGACUACAAAGUUUGAAACUAGAAAAUGAACAAAAGGACUAUUUUCCAUUUGAAGUAGGAAGCUUACGUACCUUGUAAAAACGCGCUGCGCAAAAAAAUCACAGUGUAGACAUAGCCUUAGGUGGUCAGACGAUCAAAGAUCGUAUUAUUCUAAGCUUGCCAGUUAGCAUGUAAACUUACUGUUAUUUAUUUUUACAUACUGUAUUUAUAAUAUAAAUUUUUCUACGCAUUAUGACCUGUGAACUUAUUCGCGAUUAAAAAAUAAUUAUUA